UUUAUUCGAGGAGCAAAAUCAGAAAGAAAUCUGAGAGAGGCCAUGGACUCGGAGCCGCGCACGUAUUCCGCGCACAGCUGGUGCAUCAUGUGGCGCAAGUGGUGUAACACCGCAUUUGCGGGAUUUUCCUGAUUCUAACCUAAAGACACUUCAAGACAGUCGUGACAUAAAUUCACUGCGCAUUGACUGGCAAUAAGUGUGUCCUUGUGGUUUUUCCAACAUUCCUGAAACGUAGAACAAUGUUCCACAGCUCAAGAUAUUGUACGUAAUUGAUAUGUAUUGUAAAUAAUUGACGAUAACAGAGAAAAAUUUCAGGGCGCUCUUCGUCUCGAUUCCAGGCCCAUUCUUUCCUCCGAUUUGGUAGACUUUCGUCCUGCCACUGAGCCACACAGCCCUGACGCUGUUGGUAUCUCUGUUGUGUCUAUAUCUAGUAAAUUUCUUACAAUGUAACGAGAGAAGAAGGAGAAAAACAAGAGAAAAUUCUGAUCAUUAAGAAAAAUGAAGAUACGCUUACAAUUUUACAAGUAUAGCGAUCGUAUUUUUGGAGAAUGCAGUGUGUGCGUUUAUCGUAAAGUGCGUUUAACAUGAAACUGUGAGCCUGGCCUGUGAACGAACAGUAAACGUAAUAAUAACGAUAAUAAUAUUAUUGAUAAAAUUGUUAUUUGGCAACGAUAUCGAUUGUUAGAAAAUCAUUUUCAUCUGAAAUAUGAGCGUCGAGGAGAGACUCGUCACUGAGGUACCUAGUAGCUUGAAGAAACUGGCACGUCUUGUUGUACGUGGGUUUUACUCGAUUGAAGAUGCUUUAAUUGUAGAUAUGCUGGUCAGAAAUCCGUGUAUGAAAGAAGAUGACAUUUGUGAAUUGCUUAAGUUUGAACGCAAGAUGUUAAGAGCCAGGAUAUCCACAUUGCGAAAUGAUAAGUUUAUUCAAGUGAGAUUGAAGAUGGAAACAGGGUCAGAUGGCAAAGCACAGAAAGUCAAUUAUUACUUUAUUAAUUAUAAAACAUUUGUAAACGUGGUGAAGUAUAAACUCGAUUUAAUGAGAAAGAGAAUGGAAACUGAGGAGAGAGAUGCAACUAGUAGAGCUAGCUUUAAGUGUCCAAGUUGUUUAAAGACAUUUACUGAUCUUGAAGCUGAUCAACUUUUUGACAUGAGAACUGGCGAGUUUAGAUGUACAUAUUGUCGAGAGAUAGUGGAAGAAGAUCAGUCUGCUCUUCCAAAGAAAGAUUCCAGAUUAUUAUUAGCAAAAUUUAAUGAACAAUUGGAGCCACUCUAUAUACUAUUAAGGGAAGUAGAAGGGAUCAAAUUGGCGCCUGAAAUACUGGAACCGGAACCCAUUGAUAUCAAUACUAUUCGAGGUAUUGACACAAGAAAACCGAGCAGUCUUAGAGCACCUAGCGAACAGUGGUCGGGUGAAGCUACUAGAAUGACAGGCUUUAUAGUGGAAGAUACUAGAGUGGAUGUUACUAUUGGAGACGAAUCUCCUGAUGACGCGUCGAAUCACAGAAAGGAGAGACCCAUAUGGAUGAGGGAAAGUACAGUUAUCAAUUCCGAUGGUUCACAGCCUGAUGGCGUGAAUGCACAAGACAGCAUUUUGGACAAAGCUGCAGCCACUGCCACAAACAUGACUACGACGAAUAAUAAACAGGGCGAGGAUAUCAUGUCAGUGUUACUGGCUCACGAGAAGAAGGGCGGGACCAAUUCCGCAGCGUCUAUUAAAGCAGCGCUUCCACAGGAAUCCAGCGACAGUAGCGAUAACGAGGAGGAAGAAAUGCAGACAGUUGAUACUGGCGAGAUAGAGGCGAUGGAUUCCGAGGACGAUGAACUAGUACCGACCGUCAGUGUCGGCGGCAAAACCGUCGCGAUCACCGACGUUAACGAUACCUUAAUUGCGGAAAUGACGCCCAUAGAGAAGGAGUCUUAUAUCCAGACGUAUCAGGAAUAUUAUUCGCAUAUGUACGACUAAGCGAAGAACAACGAGAGUCGUCUUCAUAAUGCUCUGCAUAAGACUGAUAUUGAUUUGAUAUCGUUGUUCCCUGUAAUAUUUUGUAUAGCCACAAAAUAUAUAUAAUUUUCGAUAAUGAUGCGAUGAUCUUUUAUAGUGACAUAGCAAUCCUGACAGGAUCCUGUAUGUAUUUUUUUAUAUCGAUAAUGUAGCAGGUGCAUGUAUUCGC